UAUCAAGAGGGGAUGCGUAUAUCGUCGGCUUGUUCCCGUCCAAUACUUAAACUCAGAGUUAUGGCCCUUGAUAAGUUAUGCAGUAUUCAUAUAGAGUAAAAAUUGUUUCCACACUACUUCUCUGCAACUACUGGCUGGAAUUCAACGAAACUUUAUGAGAACCUUCAAUACCAAGAGGAGAUGCGCAUAUCGUCCCCUUGUUCCGGUCAGACACUUUAACUUAAAGUUAUGGCCCUUGAUUAGUUAUGCAGUAUGCAUAUAGAGCAAAAAUCAUUUCAGCGCUACUUCUCUGCAACUACUGGCUGGAAUUCAACAAAACUUUAUGGGACCCUUCAAUACCAAGAGGAGAUGCGCAUAUUGUCACCUUGUUUGGGUCAGACACUUUAACUCAGAGAUAUGGCUCUUGAUUAGUUAAUUUUGCAGUAUGCAUAUAGAGCAAAAAUCGUUUCCGCGCUACUUCUCUGCAACUACAGGCUGGAAUUUAACAAAACUUUAUGGGAACCUUCAAUACCAAGAGAAGAUGCGCAUAUCAUUACCUUGUUGGGGUCAGACAUUUUAACUCAGAGUUAUGGCCCUUGAUUAGUUAUGCAGUAUGAAUAUAGAAAAAUAUUCGUUUCUGCGCUACUUCUCUGCAACUACUAGCUGGAAUUCAAUGAAACUUUAUUGGAACCUUCAAUACCUAGAGGAGAUGGGCAUAUCAUCGCCUUUUUUGGGUCAGACAUUUUAACUUAGAGUUAUGGCCCUUGAUAACUAAUGCAGUAUACAACCAGAGCAAUAAUCGUUUCCGUGCUACUUCUCUGUAACUACUGGCUGAAAUUCAAUGAAACUUUAUGGGAUAUGAAGAGGAGAUGUGCAUAUAGUUGCCUUGUUCUGGUCAGACACUUAAAACUCUGAUUUAUGGCCCUUGAUUAGUUAUGCAGUAUGCAUACAUCUCAUUGGUAUUUCCAGAUAUUACUAUUUAACACAGAGUUAUGGCUCUGUUAUUGCCCUGAAUAUUUAUCAAGUUCAAAGAAUAUUACUGUUUAUGCCAUGAUAAAUAUAUAAAUAAAGCCUUAUGUCUUCAGUUGUUGUGUUAGUAAUAACCAGUACUCGGCGGGGGAUAUAAAUUCAACGAAUUUGCUUGUUGUUCUUAUAUUUUCAAUUAUAUGCUAUUACUUUUGAUCUAGAUUCGAGGUAUGUGUGUGACACAAAUCAAUACUGGACAGACAAAUUCAGUAAAAGAUGUUAUUGGUGUUGGCGUAUUUGUGAUAUGAUACCAUCCCAGCGCUCUGAUUCAUGUAACAAAAGUUGCCCUUACUAUUCAGAGGGACAGAGUAACAUGUUGAAGGUUGAUGAUACAUGCAGCUGCAAUUAUGAUACAAUUAUCAUUGUCACAGUAUUCAUCAUGGCUGUGGUGACUGUGUUCAUAGGCUUGGUAGCUUGGUGGCAAAUAAGGAACAAGAAUCGCAAGGAUAAAGUGGCUGAUGACUCAGUUUUGGAUUCAAUUGAUACGGAUGAUGGUGACACAGCGGAAAGUUCAUUCAUUCCUCUAAACGAUAGAAGUCCAGAGUUGCCUCCAGAUUUGCCAAGACCUGCUCUUUAAUGAAAAUACAAUUCUUCAAUUGUGUAUUUCCUUGAGAUGAUGUGUAGGAACUAUGAGGCAUCUAAGCAGGGUAAUGACACACUCGUGAAUUCCUCAAGAUAUUUUUUGUGUGUGUUACUUUGUAUCUCCAACAUGAUCUGCAGAAGUUUUCUGAAACUUUGUAAAAGUGUUUAAAGCAAUUGAGACAAGUUGCAGAAUGCAUGCCUCGGCAAUGACACAUUUGAAAGUGAAAUGAUUUAGCCACCUUUUGUGUGUUUCUCUAUAUCUUAUACACUUUGGUGCAUAUUCAGAAAACGUCAAAUGUUUGUUUGGUAAGCUCAUAGGGUAGUGAUAUUGUUACGCUCUAGUAAUUGAAAGUCUCUUUGCACCUGGUCUUCUUAUCAGUCUGUCUGCAUAUGGUAAUUCUAGGCUAGAAGUUGUUGACUGGAGUUAGAAGUUUGCUGCACUCAUGUUAAAACCAGUAUAUCAAGACAGUUCAGUUUUGGUAGCUUUCUAUGGCCUGUUAAUCAUGGACCAGGUACUAUUUAUCAGAACUUUGCUAGAGUUCUGGGCUUCACCAAAUGUUUGAAUUAUAAUAAGAAGAACAAAUAAGUCUGUUUAAAUUUUGACGUUUCACUUGAAUUUAUUUAUCAAGUAUAUAGAAAUUUAGUAUAUUUCAACAGUUAAUAAUUAGACUUGAAUAACAUUAAAUAAAUAAAUGAGAUCAAAACAUGUAUGCAUCAAUGUUUGCAUUAGCAAUAACAGUAAAACAAUUCUUACAAUCGCUAUUAUUUAUAUAAAAAUGCACGAGAUGAUACGGUAUUCAGAAAAUACACGAGUCUUUAAUUUAAGACUGAUAGAUUCGCCGAAUUGAGAUACCAGUUGAACAAAGCAUAAAAAGAUCUAUACCAAGUACUAAUUCUUUGUUAUAUAAUAAACAAGAAUAAAAACUCUAUAUAAUGUGUAAAUUUAACUUUUCUGAACAAUUUAGAAUGACUGUUGUAAAGUUAUCACUUAUGAAAAAAUUUAUCUUCAAAAAUCUAGAGCGCACCUUAAGUUUAAAAUACUGACGAAAACGUCCGUAAGUUCGAGCAAGAAAAAAAAUGUGUGAAGCCAAGAUUAUUUGUGAGCAGGGUUUAUAUACUAGCAGAGCUUACAGCUCACAAUGUGUGAUGUGGGGCUCACAGUUCACAUGUCUGUGAUGUGAGACUCACUGCCCACCAGUGUGAGAUGUGCGGCUCACAGCUCACAACUGUGUAUUGUGUGCA